GAGGGCGCUGUGGACAAUUUCUGGACCGCGUCUAGCGACAUUUACUUCAUCCAUGCUUCAAACUUUACCGGGGAAAAACCCAAGAUCUCAGCUCUAGUGAAAAAGGCAAAGAAAUGGAGCUGUAAAAUGUGCGGAGAGAAGCAGUCCGUUUUUAAGGAGUUUGGGCGUGGCACUGGGGCCGACUGCCGACGCCACGUUCAGAAGCUGAACGCCAAGCGAGGAGAGCUGGAGCAGGAGCAUGUGACCUGGUCGCUAAGGGAAAAGGACGAGGAGGCUGGACAAUCGUUUGGAGAUGGAGCUUGGGCGGUCAGUGGCCACGAUUUGAGACCGAGCAACACUGAGCUGGCAGAGGAGAGCCUUUGGGACAAAUACCUGCUGAACGGGCAACAGGAAAGGGAGGAGCCUGAGGACACCGUUUACCUGAGCACAAGCCCUCUCCAUGACUACAGGAAUGCCAGGAAGAGGAAAAGAGCUGUAGGCAGAGCGGACGAAGGCUCGUUAAACGAAGAGAUACACCACCACUGCAGAGGGGGAAAGCUCCAUCAGCUACCAGCAAUGCCCAUCAGCAAGCCCUCCACUGUACAGCAUACACACAUCUCCAUCAAUACAUGCUCCAACCAAACCAGGCAGGAUUUUACCAGCAACAGAAACAACCAGGCUAAUCCAGGUUUUACCAGAGGAACCAUCAACCCAGAAGUGAACCAAACCAAGCCUGAUGUCAGCAACUCUGGCUCUGACAGAUUUCGUCUGAGCAACAAACCCUGUUCAUUCAUGUCUUCUGCAGCUGCCCCUAUCUCAAAAUGGGCCCAGUUUCUCCCAGUUCCUCAUCAGCAGGAGAAAGAGGAGGAAGAUGAAGAAGACAGCCAUCUGGCAAACAUGGAGAGAAAGCCUCUUGAUAUGUUGGAAUCUUCAGCCACUCCCUGUGUUGGUAGCAUGAUAGAAUCAGGCCACCCAUCAGAGCUCCCCAAGGCAGUAUCUUCACAGACCCUGACCCCUCAUCUCAAACCACGCCCCUCCCUUCCCUUCAUCUCCCUGUUCAAUACCGGCGACGACUUUGACAUGUUUUAAAAAGAAAAGCUAUCAAUUCAUUGUUUUGGAAGUAAAGAAAUGUCGAGCAAUGAAAAUUAAAGAAAAUAUAUAUCU